AUGAAUCCUAUUGUCAAUGAAUUUUCUCAAGUAACUGAUGAUUCCAUAGAAAAAGAAAAAGCCGAAAUCAAAAAUAUAAUGAUAUUUGAGACAGCUGGAACAUUAUUAGUGAUAUAUGGAGCAUUGGCUACAUAGUAAAUAAUUAUUUAAAUUUAGAAAUAACUUUGGUGUAGCUCUUGUUUAUUUUGUAGGAUUAUUAGUAUGUGGAAGAUUAAGUGGAGGAUACUUCAAUCCUAUCUGCACUUUGAUCGGAUUUGUAAAUGGAUCAAUUUCUAAGAAAAAAGCUCUCUAUUAUACAGGAGCAUAAACUAUUGCCAGUUUAAUUGCAGGAAUGUUAUUAAUGCCUAUGUUUGCAUAUAAAUAUACAUUACCAUAUUAUGAAAGGUAUUUAAUAAAAGGCAAUAUAUCAAAAGAUUACCGUCACAUCAAGUUUUUGGGACAUUGAUGUCAGAAAUUGCUGGAUCGCUUAUUUUUUUUACAUUUAUACAAAUUUAAACUGCCGAAAAUACUAAAAUAACAACAACACCUGUAUAAUCUGCCAUUUUUAUUAGUGUCAUUUAUUUUGUAGCAAGAUAGUACUGAUUUAUAAAAUUAUUUUAGAUACACUGCAACUAUGGGUAAUAGUUUAUUUAAUCCAUCUGCUGCUUUUGGGUAUUAUUUAUAAUGUAUAAUAGAUUGUAAUUAUUUUAUGGAAUUUAUUAUGGAAAGUGGGAUUAAAUGAUUAACUUAUUGAUUUAUAUACUUGGUCCUUGGAUAGGAUCAUUAUUAGCCAUCAGCUUUUUUUGGAUAAUAUAUACUCCAACUCUUGUUAAUAAAUAACCAAAUUGA